GAUGUCACAGUGAGUGGGCGGGGCCUCAGGGUUCGGGUUCCCAACCGGGUCCUAGUUUCCGGGACAAUGUUAGGAUACAGGUUUUGAAGCAGCUUCACCCAGUCCCAGGCUGCAGGUGAUGUUUGCAGCCGAGAAGAGUCCAUGGGCCAGGGGUGCAAGAGGGAGAUCAUUUACACACGGGAUACUCAAACCAAACAUCACAUCAAGAUCUGACAGAAUCACUCGAUUCAUCAAGACCUGAAUAUCAUGGAUCUUUGACUGUGGAAGAGGAAAUGUUUGUCUGUUCUGACUGUGGGAAAAGAAUUCAAACAUCAGUGUGACUGGAAAAGCACCGAGACACACACACACCCGAGUCAGAGUUUUCCAGUGAGCUGACUGUGGAAAGAGCUUUAACCAGUUACACAACCUAAAGAAUCAUUGCACCAUUCAGAGUGGGAAGAAAGCAGACAUUUGUUCUGUGUGUGGAUAAGGCUCCAACUGAUCAUCAAAUUUGGAGAGACAGAGGGACACAGGCACCAUGGAGAAACCGUGGAAAUGUGAGGACUGUGGGAAAGGAUUCAAUCGUCCAUCCCGACUGGAAAACCAUCGACGCAGUCACACUGGGGAAAGGCCAUUCACCUGCUCCGAGUGUUGGAAGGGAUUCACUCAGUUAUCCAACCUGCGGACACACCAGCAGAUACACACUGAAGAGAGACCAUUCACCUGCUCCGAGUGUGGGAAGGGAUUCACUCAGUCAUCAAACCUGUUGACACACCAGCGAAUUCACACAGGGGAAAGACCAUUCACCUGCUCCAAUUGUGGGAAGGGAUUUACUCAGUUAUCCACCCUGCUGAAACACCAGCGAGUUCACACUGGAGAGAGACCAUUCACCUGCUCUAAGUGUGGGAAGGGAUUCACUCAGUCAUCAAAUUUGCUGACACACCAGCAAGUUCACACCGGAGAGAGGCAUUUCACCUGCACAGUAUGUGGGAAAGGAUUCACUGUGUCCUCUGACCUGCUGAAGCACCAGCGAAUUCACACUGAGGAGAGGCCGUUUAGCUGUACUUCCUGUGGAAAGAGAUUCAGGUCUUCUUUCAACUUCAAAGUGCACCAGCGAGUUCACACUGGGGAGAGGCCCUUCACCUGCUCCGAGUGUGGGAAGGGAUUCAUUAAAUCAUCCAACCUACUGAUACACCAGCGAGUUCACACUGGGGAGAGGCCAUUCACCUGCUCCGAGUGUGGGAGGAAAUUCACUCAAUCAUCCAACCUGCUGACACACCAGCGAAUUCACACUGAGGAGAGGCCGUUCCACUGUACUUCCUGUGGAAAGAGAUUCAGGUCUUCAUUCCACCUCAGUGAACACCAGCCAAUUCACACUGGGGAGAGGCCCUUCACCUGCUCCAAGUGUGGGAAGGGAUUCACUCAGUCAUCCAACCUACUGAGACACCAGCGAGUUCACAUUGGGGAGAGGCCGUUCAUCUGAUCCAAGUGCAGGAAGGGAUUCACUUGGUCAUCCCACCUGCUCAGACACCAGUGAAUUCACAAGUGACUGCAGGGGUUGGAUUCUAUUGUUGCUGCUGUUAACCACAUCCAGGGCUGAAGCAUAUUCCUUCUGACAGUUGUGGUUUGGUUCUGCUGAUGUUAAUAAUCCCUGUAACAGGUCUAAAGUUUAAUAUUCUGUACCAAAACUGAUUGUGUUCUCGGGGCCGCAGUGUCCCUUUAUGAACAGCUGUCUCUGACUUUUCCCCAUAAUUCAGGAACUCUUGUCAGAAAUUAGUUUACAACAAAAUUUUGAUAUUUUACUUCAAUCCCAAAUUGAUCUUUGGCACGAACUCUACAAUUCAUUGUCUGAGAGGUUUUGAUCAGGCAGAUAGAGAGAGAGUGUUUCCUCUUGUGGGGAAGAGCAUAACUAGAGACCAUAAAUAUUGGAUAGUCACCAAUAAAUCAAAUUGAGAAUUCAGAAGAAACUUCUUUACCCAAAGGGUGUUGAGAAAGUGGAACUUAUUACCACUGGGAGUGGUAAAAAUGAAUCGUAUAGCUUUUGUUUAGUUGAAAAGAGUGCAAUAUGUGGAUGUGUUCAUUUAUUUGUGCAAAGGACAGGGCCCUGUGUGUGAAUAUAUGUAGUUUCUAGCACAUGUAAGUGAGACACAUUGUGAGACCGACUGAUAAUCUUAAAUUGGUUGUUCGUGUAAUUCUCAGCACAGUCAGGAUUGUUGAGUAGGUGUUGUCUAAUCAUGGAAUGACAUCUAAUAUUAUUUAAGAGAAAGCUAGGCAAGCACAAGAGAGGGGAAUAGAUGGUUACAAUGAUACAUUUUGAUGAGGAAUGAUAGGUGGAGGCUCUGAAGGAGCUUAAACACCAGCAUGGACUGGCUGGGCCGAAUGGCCUCUUUCUGUGUCAUGUGUCAGAUGUAAUUACACUGCUGAAGGGUCUGGUCCUAAUUUUUAGACUAUCCCACCUAUUCCUAGAUUGUCUAACCAGUGGAAAUAAUUUCUAUUUACCCUCUGUUCCCCUUAAUAUGCUCGAUCCGGCUUUUACUGACACUGUUAAUCACAUCCAGAACUGAACCAUGUACAUUCUGACAGUUGGGGUUUAUUUCUACUGGUGAUAAUAAUCUCUGUAACUGGGUUGGAGUUUAAUAU